AUGAAAGCUAGCGAAGACAGACUAGUGCGAGCAUCACCCGAGCCUCGAAGGCUAACCCUGGAGCCACCGCAUCACGUCGAGUUCACCAACGACACUGGCGUCAUCCUAACUUGCGCGACCAGAGGACAGUACCAGCUGGACUGGUUACUAGUGGAUAACACCCCCGUGGCGUCACUAGCUGGUCUCCGCCGGGUGCUCAGCAACGGUUCCCUGGAAUUCCCGCCCUUUCCGGCCGACCGCUUCCGGCGCGAUGUCCACACGGCUUCGUACCGGUGUAGGGUAAAAUUUAAGAACGGCUUCGCUGUUCUAUCCAAAAAUAUACACGUGCAUGCAUUAUUAAACGUCCCGUGGGAAGUGCAUGUGUCUGAUGAGUACGUGAUGUCUGGCAACGCAGCCAUACUCCGCUGCGUGGUGCCGUCGCACUGCGCUGAACGGGUCGCAGCGACUGAGUGGUUCGCUGACGACGAAACUAGUGUGUUUCCUUAUUUAGGUCCAAAUUACGAACGUCUAGAUGACGGCUCCUUAUACAUAGCGGCGGUCAGCCCAGAUGACCGGUACACCGUGUUUCGGUGUCGUGUUCGCGAUAGAAUAACAGAUAAUACAUAUUCUAGUCAAUAUUAUGGUCACGUAAUAGUAACAGAACCCAAGGGCCAAGUGAGGCCUAGAGUGGCGGUUGAAAUGCGCACGCGCAGAGUGCAAAUUGGACACGACGUUCGGUUACCGUGCGUGGCGCAUGCUUGGCCAGUUCCUACUUACAGAUGGUUCCGAGAACACCACGAUCAAUUAGUACCGAUAGAAAACACUUCAAUAUGGCCUCGUGUGAAAACGUUGGGCGGAUUGCUCAGUAUCCGGUCUGUACAAAGGGAAGACGCGGGCAGAUUUGUCUGCUGGUUAAAUAACACUGCAGGCACAGAAUCCGUGCAUUUCUCGUUGAUUGUGACAGAACCAAUUUCCGUCCGAAUAAAACCCGAAACGAUACGAACAAAAUUAAACGUCGAUGUUAGCAUGGAAUGCAAAAUAGCUGGCCAUCCGAUCGAAGUUGUUUAUUGGAUACACGACGGCAAACCUGUGAAGGACACUGAGAGAAUGUGGGUGUCAGAAGACAGGCUGAAGCUACAUAUCAGAAACACACAAGUGAACGACCAGGGGAUCUACCAAUGCUUCGCUAGUAAUACGAGAGAUCAGGCUUAUGGCAUUGCGCAGAUUCUCAUUGAAGUGUCGGAGAGCAAACGAGCCGUCGGCAAUCGGUCUCGGAGAGCGCCGUACGCACGCAGCACUCAUACUCAUGAUGCAGACUGGAACUUCACCGGGAACAGAGAAUCGAAACCGGAGCUAGUUUAUUGGUUUUCCGAGCAGACACUUCAGCCGGGCCCGAGCGUGUCUCUGAAAUGUGUGGCUAUGGGACACCCACCUCCCCAGUUCUCGUGGACGCUAGAUGGAUUUCCGAUACCGACCAACUCUAGGUUUGUCGUCGGCCAGCACGUAACAUUACAAGACGACGUGGUAAGCCAUCUCAACAUUAGCAGAGUGACAGAACAAGAUGGCGGCGAGUACGCCUGUGUUGCCAGCAACACGGCGGGAAAAGCGAGCCACGCGGCACGGGUCAACGUCUACGGGCUGCCCUACAUUCGCGAAAUGCCCAAAGUGACAGCUGUCGCCGGCAGCGAUUUGAAUAUCAAAUGUCCAGUGGCCGGAUAUCCAAUUGAAUCUAUCACCUGGGAAAGAGAUGGACAAACUCUACCCCUCAAUCGACGUCAAAAGGUGUUCCCGAACGGCACGCUGAUUGUGGAACAGACCCAACGAGGCGAAGAUGCGGGCACGUACACCUGUCAAGCGACUAACAGACAACGCCAUGUUGCCAGACGAGAUGUGGAGGUGCAAAUAUUGGUCCAGCCGAAGAUACUGCCCAUCCAGCCAUUGACGAAUUUAUUAAGGGAGGGCAUGAGGGCUGCCAUUUCAUGCCAGAUAUUGGAGGGGGAUUUGCCGAUUGCGUUUCGCUGGGAGAAGAAUGGUCAGGCGGUGACGUCAUCGCCGUAUGCCCCUAGCGGCAUCAUCACCCGUCGGAUGGAUGAGUACAGCGCGUCCCUGGUGAUUGAGCACAUCACCUCGCUCCACAGCGGAAAUUAUACAUGCAUCGCAUCAAAUGUCGCCGGCUCCGAACGGUUCACAGUGCCUUUGACUGUUAACGUCCCCCCUAGAUGGAGAUUGGAGCCAAGCGACAUAGCUGUCGCUGCGGGCCAAGACGUGACGUUGCAGUGCCAAGCGGACGGCUAUCCCAAACCUACAAUUACUUGGAAGAAAGCCGUUGGUAAUACGCCAGGAGAGUACAAGGACUUCAUGUUCGAAGGCAGUGCUAGGGUACUUGAAAACGGGUCACUGGUCUUCGAAAGGGUGGCUAAGGAUAGCGAAGGGCAUUACUUGUGUGAGGCCAGAAACGACAUUGGUGCGGGUCUUAGCAAGCUGAUAUUCUUGAAAGUUAAUGCUCCAGCUCGAUUUCCAAUGAAGAGUAAAACAGUACAAGUGACAGCUGGUGAGGCUGCGCAUCUUCAGUGUGCUGCAUCAGGAGAUGCGCCCCUUGAAGUCACCUGGCGAAGUCCACAUCACCAUACUAUAGCGCACCAUUUGGAUCAACGGUAUACAAUUCGAGAGCAAGUCCUGGAUGACGGAUUAGUAUCAGAACUAAGCAUACUACAGACAUACCGACAAGACACCGGCGCCUUGACAUGUAGAGCUUCCAAUGCAUACGGACAAGAUGAAAUGCUGAUACAUUUGGUUGUUCAAGAAGUUCCAGAAAUGCCAAAGAAUAUAAGGAUAAUAGACCAACAAUCGAGAUCUAUACAAAUAUCCUGGACACAGCCAUAUGCCGGAAAUAGUCCUAUCAUAAAUUACAUUCUACAAUACAAAGAGGCACCAGAGCCAUGGCCAACAACGCCACAGAAAGUCAUAGUACCUGGCAGCGUGACUUCAGCAAGUGUGCAGAAUCUUCAGCCAGCUACAUCCUAUCAUUUGCGAAUUAUCGCUGAAAAUCGCUUGGGGCAGAGCGAGCCUAGUCAAUUAGUACAAGUUACUACAACUGAAGAAGUUCCUAGCGGACCACCGCUGGAAGUAAGAGUGGAAGCGAAGAGCUCAACGGAAUUAAUAGUCACUUGGGAUCCACCACAAAAAGAUUUAUGGAACGGAAAUAUUCUCGGAUACUACGUGGGAUUUCAAGAAUUGAAUAGUAACAGCAGCGUUUUAAGUGCAAGCGGUCCCGGAGGUGCUUCGUACACUGUUAGAACAGUUGAGGGCACAGGUAGCUCCCGAGCACGUACCACGCUAUCUGGACUGCAGAAGCACACGCCCUACGCUGUUGUUGUUCAAGCAUAUAACAGUCGUGGUGCUGGACCCGCAUCCCCUCCAACUACGGCCACUACUAUGGAGGAUGUUCCCAGCUUACCACCAGGCUCGCUAACUUGUACUGCAUUAAGCUCGCAGUCAGUCAGAGUAAACUGGGAACCACCACCAAUGCGGGGUAGAAACGGAGUUCUUCAGGGUUACAGGGUAACAUACGCCCCUGUUACCGAUUGGUAUGGCAGUGAAGAUUCAGUUACCAAGCAAAUAUCUGGCCUGCAUACAACGCUAUCGGGACUACGACGAUAUACGAAUUAUUCGGUGACGGUGUGCGCCUUUACCGCGGCAGGUGAUGGAGUACGAGCUGCUCCCGUCUAUUGCCACACUGAAGAAGAUGUCCCUUCUGCGCCAGCCGAUAUCAAAGCCGUAGUAUCAUCAAGGAAUAAGAUUUUAGUAUCAUGGCUGCCCCCAGCUUCACCUAAUGGUGUACUCGUGGGAUAUACGCUUUAUAUGAGUGUCAUAGAAGACGGUAGAGAGGAGGGCACCCACAAGAGGAUGUUAUCUCCAAGUACUCUCACCCACGAGACAUCUCGUUCCCCAUCACGAGCCACUCAUCAGUUCUGGGUCUCGGCAUCCACUCGCCUUGGGGAAGGUGACGCUACGCGGGUAGUCACUGUAUUACCCUCUGAUUCAGUGCCCGCAAGGAUUACAUCCUUCAGCCGUAGCAUAGUAACACCUUGGAAGGAGAAUAUCUCUCUAUCAUGUAAUAAAGUAGGUAUUCCUAUACCUUCAACGACCUGGAGCAUGAAUGGGGCUAUUCUUGAAUCGACGCUAAGGAAAAACGUUACAAACGAUGGCACUCUCAUAAUAAGCAUGACACAGUACGCUGAUAGCGGCAACUACACGUGUCUAGUGGAAAACCAACACGGCCAUGAUGACGUUACAUACAUAGUCGAAGUAAAGGUACCACCCCAGCCACCCGUACUGGCUGUGGUCGAUUCUUACGCUGAUUCUCUUCAUCUUCAGUGGAGUGAUCAGGGAGAUGGGGGAAGUCCAAUAUUAGGUUACGUAAUAAAUUAUAAACGCGAACACGGCGAUUGGGAAGAAUUACAAGUGGAAGCCGGUACCUCUGAACACGUUCUGCCAAACUUAUGGUGUGGGACGCGAUACCAACUUUACAUCACGGCUUUCAAUCGAAUCGGUACCGGCCUGCCAUGCGACAUAGUUCACGCCUAUACUAAAGGAACUGUACCAGUUAAACCAAAGCACUCCCAAAUGAUAACGCUAAACACCACGACAGUAACUGUUUGGCUCGACUCUUGGGGAGAUGGUGGUUGUGGUAUUCUGUACUUUGUUAUUGAGUAUCGCGAAGUUAGUCAAUCACAGUGGCGUUUGGUAUCAAACAGCGUGCAAGCGACAGAACGAGUCUUCAGUGUCACCGGGCUUACUCCAGCGACCCAUUACCAACUGCGAAUCACAGCCCAUAACAACGCGGGCCACGCAGUCGCACUUUACAACUUUACGACUCACUCGCUCAGCGGUAUGUUAGAAGGCGAAAUAUCUCCUGCUGUGCCAGCGGCUGGUGCAAGAUCUUUAGGAGGUGCAAGAGUCAUUCUACCUGCGGCACUUUCACUUCUUGUACUCGCUGCCCUUAUUGCAAUUGUUCUACUAGUGAGAAGAAAUACACCUCGCCCGGCAGAGACGAGCGGAACUGAAACGGCUGUUACUGAAAGCGGCGUAGGAGAAUCUCCUUCUGUCGCACAGCUUCAAAACAAAGUUAAUCGCGAUCAACAAUACUUAGCUGCGCGCGCUCAUCAUCCGAACCCACCACACCACUACAAACAUGCAUCUAAUGAAUACAUUGAAGACAUUUGUCCCUACGCCACGUUCCAAUUAACCAAGCCAAGUGCAUACAGCGAAAGCAGUUACAGCGGUAAUGUCUACAGUGGCCCUUAUCAUUCUGUUAGGGGCUCUUUUGUAUAUCACGAUCUUAAACAGAAUGAUAAAUAUAAGGGAAAAGAACCAGAAUACACAAAAGUAAGGAGAAAAGGAAACCGUCUCAGGGACCCUCACUCCGAGAGUCAAGAGUCGGACAACUUGGGGUCAACGGAUUCGGAGGUGAAGAAGAUAUUAACGCUGCACCUGCCAAUUACAGAGUACGAGGAUGAUGCUAGCGACGACGCCAGCGCUCCGCACUCCGACAGCGAACACGCCGCCAGACUACGACCAACGCACCCUCCUACGUAUCCAACAGUGGAACGUGAGGAAUCGUCGUCUUCAUCCGAGAACUCAGUGGGCGGCGUGGUGCGCAAAGCGUUCCCAUCACGAAAGGGGAAAGCGGGGGGCACUCGGCAAGAGGCACGUGCGCUCUUCCAGCGGCUACAGCAGCCACAACGACGAGACCACCUUCAGCAUCUCGAACUACCCGUCGUUCAACGAGCACAUCCACCCUCCGUCCCGGUUCUCCGACGACACGGAGUGCGAGGGUCACCACCGACGCAAGCGCCACAACAUUGCGCACGCGCAGGUCACACAGCACGGGAGCGAUUCGAAAGUCUCGAGAGAAGCUUUUCAAAUCAAUGUCUGAAAUACACCUCGGAAAAGCCGGAAUAA